AAUCCACUCUCUCUCUCUCUCUCUCUUCUAUAACUCACUUGCUUACUCAAUCAUCAAAAUCUCAAUCUUUCUCUGUAGAAACAGGAAACCCACAAAAGCAAGACCACCACCACCAACUUCUAAGCCCUCCCAGAAACCAGAAGAUUCCCAUUGAUAAGGAUAAAAAAGGUUUCACCAUCACCAUAACAACCAUUACCACCGCACCCAUAUUUUUAUAUCUCUGAUCUUCAAUAAUUGUGAAAGAAAAUAAUGAAGUUCCCCAAACCCUAGCCCUGAAAUUCUUUCCCACAUUCCGAGAAAACCCAAGAAAAUUGUCCUGAAAACAAGAGAAUCCAAACAAGGGUUUUCUUCAAAUCUCCCAGAUUUUCCAAGGGACUGUUGCAGAUGAAGCACAUUGACAACAUCCCAUCAACACCUGGCAAGUUCAAGAUGGAGAAAUCUCCAUACAUUCACAGACUGAGAUGGCACUCUUCUUUAGCCAAGCUCACCUUAUGGUCCUUCGUGUUCUUGGGCUUGAUCUAUUUUUUCUUUUACAGAUCACCGUCUUCGUUUUCACCGAGACCCACAGAUCUCUCUCGCCGAUCGCUUCGAACCAAUUUCUAUGGCGGCCCCGCCUGGGAAAAACAGGUCCGGUCCUCGGCUCGAGUCCGGUCCCGGAAUGGGAUCUCUGUGCUUGUCACCGGAGCCGCCGGGUUCGUCGGAACACACGUGUCCGCCGCCCUGAAACGCCGUGGUGACGGUGUUCUCGGGCUCGAUAGUUUCAAUGACUAUUAUGAUCCGUCAUUGAAACGAGCCCGCCAGGCGCUCUUAGAGCGCUCUGGAAUCUACAUUGUGGAUGGUGACAUUAAUGAUGUCUCUCUCCUCAAGAAGCUAUUUGAUAUUGUAGCAUUUACCCAUGUAAUGCACUUGGCCGCGCAGGCCGGUGUAAGAUAUGCAUUGGAAAAUCCGAGCUCUUAUGUGCAUAGUAAUAUUGCUGGGCUUGUGAGUGUUCUUGAGGUUUGUAAAAGUGUCAAUCCACAGCCGUCAAUUGUGUGGGCAUCGUCUAGUUCUGUUUAUGGAUUGAAUACCAAAGUACCAUUUUCGGAGAGAGAUAGAACAGACCAGCCUGCUAGUUUGUAUGCUGCAACAAAGAAGGCUGGUGAGGAAAUUGCACAUACUUAUAAUCAUAUAUACGGACUUUCGCUUACUGGGUUGCGUUUCUUCACGGUUUAUGGACCUUGGGGGAGGCCUGAUAUGGCAUAUUUCUUCUUUACGAGGGACAUAUUGAAGGGGAAGUCAAUAACCAUCUUUGAAGCAGCUAAUCAUGGCACAGUUGCAAGGGAUUUUACCUACAUUGAUGAUAUUGUGAAGGGUUGCUUGGCAGCAUUGGAUACGGCGGAGAAGAGUACUGGUAGUGGUGGUAAGAAGAAGGGGCCAGCUCAAUUGCGGGUGUACAAUUUGGGAAAUACUUCUCCGGUGCCAGUUUCGGAUCUUGUGAGCAUUUUGGAGAGGCUGCUGAAAGUGAAGGCCAAAAGGUUGAUAAUGAAGUUACCACGGAAUGGGGAUGUGCAAUUCACCCACGCAAAUAUAAGUUUGGCUAAGAGGGAGCUUGGGUAUAAGCCUACAACAGAUCUGCAGACAGCAUUGGAUACGGCGGAGAAGAGUACUGGUAGUGGUGGUAAGAAGAAGGGGCCAGCUCAAUUGCGGGUGUACAAUUUGGGAAAUACUUCUCCGGUGCCAGUUUCGGAUCUUGUGAGCAUUUUGGAGAGGCUGCUGAAAGUGAAGGCCAAAAGGUUGAUAAUGAAGUUACCACGGAAUGGGGAUGUGCAAUUCACCCACGCAAAUAUAAGUUUGGCUAAGAGGGAGCUUGGGUAUAAGCCUACAACAGAUCUGCAGACAGGUUUGAAGAAAUUUGUUCGAUGGUACCUCAGUUACUAUGGUAAUGGAAAGAAGAGUGUGCAGUGAUACAUUCUUUCAAUUUGUGGUAGGAGAAUUCAGAUUCUUAUUCAUUUUGAUUCAUAUGAUUGCUUUUAACAUAUCGCCAUUCGCCGGAUUAUCUCGAUUGAAUAUAUCUUAAUGAUGCCAUAUGGGGGAGGAAAUUUGCAUCCCAGGAUAAAGAAGUUUUUGUGGUUGGUUCACAUUGUUUGCUGGCCAUUCUAAUUCCGGUCUUAUCAAAGGAAAUCCAGAGCCAUCUACUUUUAAGUUUUAGGAACUCUUGGGAAUGUGUAAUUUUUGUAGUUUUAUCAUUCAUGACUGAUAGAUCAAUUUGCUGAUUUGUGGACCUGUAUCAUGUUUUUGUAAUUCAAAUAAAAU